AUAACACACAGUCACACACCAUUAAGAUAGCAAGUAGCAACUUCUAAGACGGCCUCUAAAUGCACCCACGAAAAAAAAACAACCUUUUCCUAAGCCGGCUUGCAUCCCCAUCUCUUUCAUUUAAUUUUCUCCAAACUUUACCGUUUGCCUACCCUUUUUUAUAUAAUCCCCCCUCCAUUUUCUCAUUGGACUUCGUCUUUUUCUUUUUUAUUUAUUGGCGUUAAUUUUUCCCUCACAAUUAGGGUUAUCACUUAUAAUCAGGCUCUUCUUACACUAUAUACACCUCAAAAAAUAAACUCUCUUACAAAGUGUAACAUUUGAGAGCUCUUUCUCUUUUUAAUUUCCUUCUUUUUGAAGUGUGAGGUUUUUCAUGGUGAUGAGACCUUUGAGGAAAAAAAAGGACAGCAAAAACAAGAACAAUAAUAACAACAACGAUGAUGAUGAUGUCGAUAAUAUCCUCAAAACAAAUAGAAAUCGGAAAAGAAAACCCGAAAAAUCACCUCCACAACGUAGCUCCGUUUACAGGGGUGUUACUCGGCACCGUUGGACAGGUCGAUAUGAAGCUCAUUUAUGGGACAAGAAUUGUUGGAGUGAGAACAAGAACAAGAAAGGAAAGCAAGGGGCCUACGAUGACGAAGAAGCAGCUGCACAUGCAUAUGACUUAGCCGCACUGAAAUAUUGGGGGCAAGAGACCAUUACCAAUUUUCCUCUUACUACUUAUCGGAAAGAGCUUGUUGAAAUGAAUGGCCAAUCAAAGGAAGAGUACAUUGGUUCAUUAAGAAGGAAAAGCAGUGGUUUUUCUCGAGGAGUAUCAAAGUACAGAGGAGUGGCCAGGCAUCAUCAUAAUGGAAGAUGGGAAGCUCGUAUUGGAAGGGUCUUUGGCAACAAAUAUCUCUAUCUGGGAACUUAUGCUACUGAGGAAGAAGCGGCCACUGCAUACGAUAUAGCAGCUAUAGAAUAUCGAGGACUUAACGCCGUCACCAACUUUGACAUGAGUCGUUAUAUCAACUCUCUUGAUAACAACCCUACAAACUCCCCUACAGAUAGAGUCGAGCUCGAGACAGCCACAUCAGCACCAGGUGUUGGUGUGGGGCCCACUUUCUGCUCCAGCCCAUCAUCUACCUCAUCCGGCCCACCCAGGCCCAGGACUACUUGCUUUCCAGAUCAUAUCCAGACAUCCUUCGACAUUCAAGAUUCGAGCAGCUUUGCAGAGGAGCAUGGUAUUGUCUUUGGAUAUUACGAAGACUCUUUUGAAUCCAUCAUGUUUCAGUCUGAUCAACUUCAAACUAAUUAGUUAGAGAUCAAAAUUUAGCCAACAAAAAUUAAAUAAUAUAUAUGUAUUGCGGUGAAGGACUAGUUUUUUU